CAAUUCUCCACCAUCUCCCACACUUCUCUCUCACUCGUUCCCGCGUUGAUUUCGGUCGGUCGCUUUUGCUCAUCCACCGCGAGGUCCCCCAGAUCUCCCCAUCUCCCGCUAAUCUCGCGAGAAAGAAGUGUUCCGAGAGAGUUUGUGGAGAAAUUAGGAGAAGAGGGGGCAGAAAGCUCGCUCCUUUUUAUGCUUCUAGGGGUGCUUACGGCCAUUUUGGAUCUCCGGGCCACCCGAUCUUGCCUCAUCGUGGUUUCGGGUGAUCCCCCUCCCCCUUUUCCCCUGUCCGAAGAGCUUCUUGCCCUCCCGAAUUCAGCCCCCGAUUUCCCUGAACCCAGGCCUUUGUUGCCCCCGGAGGCCUGGCCGAUGCCAUAGCCUCGGCCAGGGAUGGGUUGCGUCUCGUCGAAGAAUGCGGUCUCAGUGACCCCGGCGGUCGAUUCCUCCGGUUUCCUACGUGACCACCGGGAGCGGUCGGGACCGAUCUUGGCGUGCUCGCUGCGGCAUCAGACCGGACAGGGAACCGAGCGGGGAUAUCCGGAGAGGAAGGUGGAAUUGGAUAGCCUCGAAUCGAAGGAAUAUGAGAAGCCGAACUCCGAUAGUACGAGAUUACAGAGUUUUCGGCUGGGGAACCUUCACAAGCACAUAGAAGGGGAGCAGGUUGCCGCCGGAUGGCCCUCUUGGCUCAGUGUCGUCGCUGGGGAAGCAAUUCACGGUUGGGUGCCCCUAAAAGCUGACUCUUUUGAGAAGCUGGAGAAGAUUGGACAAGGUACUUAUAGCAGUGUGUUUAGAGCACGUGAUCUCGACACUGGCAAGAUUGUUGCCUUGAAGAAGGUCCGCUUUGACAAUUUUGAGCCAGAGAGUGUUAGGUUCAUGGCAAGGGAAAUAAAGAUACUACGAAGGCUUGACCAUCCAAAUAUUGUGAAGCUGGAAGGUUUGAUUACCUCUCAGUUAUCAUGCAGUCUCUACCUUGUAUUUGAAUAUAUGGAACAUGAUCUUUCUGGUCUUUCGUCCUCUCCUGACAUUAAAUUCUCUGAAUCACAGAUCAAGUGCUAUAUGCAACAGAUGUUAUCUGGACUUGAGCAUUGCCAUUUGCGUGGUAUAAUUCAUCGUGACAUAAAGGGAGCAAAUAUUCUAGUUAACAAUGAGGGGGUUCUGAAAAUCGCUGAUUUUGGUCUCGCAAAUUUCUUCAGUCAUGGGCAUAAACAACGAUUAACUGGCCGUGUUGUGACUCUAUGGUACCGGCCACCUGAACUAUUAUUGGGUUCAACUGACUAUGAAGAAACUGUAGAUUUGUGGAGUGUUGGCUGUGUAUUUGCAGAAAUGUUUAUUGGAAGACCCAUCUUGCAAGGCAGAACUGAGGUUGAACAAUUACACAAAAUCUUUAAACUUUGCGGUUCCCCUCCGGAUGAGUACUGGAAUAAGUCCACGUUGGCCCAUGCUACGAUCUUCAGGCCUCAUCAUCCUUACGAAAAUAUUCUCCAGGAGACAUUCAAAAGUUUACCAGGAAGUGCCAUUAGCUUGUUAGAAACUUUUCUGUCUAUUGAACCUUAUAAGCGUGGUACUGCCACCAGUUCUCUUGAAGCAGAGUAUUUCAGAACAAAGCCUUAUGCUUGUGAGCCCUCAAGUUUGUCAAAAUACCCACCCACCAAAGAGAUAGAUGCAAAGAGUCGUGAUGAGACUCGCAGGAUAAGAGGUGCUAGUAGAGGCCGAGGAUCGGAAGCCACAAGAAGACCAUUGAGAGCAAAUAGAGCUUCGCGGGCAGCAGGUGGGCUCAGUAGGAUAACAGACAGCAAAGAGGAGUCACAGAUCAAUGCUGUAACCAGUAGUGGCAAUGUAAAGAAAGAUUGUUUGAGAGUAGAUGGUGAAACUGGAUUGUUUGUAGAUCUCCAGCCAUUGCCAUCGAUCAAACAUCCAAAUGAAGGUCACAGUGUGUGCAACUCCCAGGAGGAUUUUGCUUUAUCAGGGCCUUUAUGUGUUUCUGCUUCUAGCGGCUUUGCAUGGGCAAAAAUGCAGGGAGAAGGUCAUGCAUCUGGUAGAUCUGGCAGUAGGUGUAGCUCAAAAAGCCAUCUCUCUUAUGAAAGAGAUCCAUCCUGUAUUGAAAAUGUUAAAAGUAAGCAUGAGUUCAAGGGACAAGAAAAUGGUGAUGUGCAUGUUUCAAAAAGCCAUGUGCCCCAUGAGUUGGCAAAACGUGCAAUGCUGAAAAGGUGGACACAGUUAGAACAUCCAGACUCACUUGACCCUUCUGACGUAUACUGUUCUCAGGAGUUUUCAGGAGCCCUAUAUAAGGGAGAUCCAUUGUCAAUGCGGCAUAACAACUUGGGUUUCCAUGAUCAAGACAGAAUUGAGUUUUCAGGACCUUUAUUGUCUGAAUCUCACAAGGUUGAUGAGCUUUUACAGAAGCAUGAACGCCACAUGCGUCAAGCAAUUAGGAGAUCAUGGUUCCAAAGAGGGAGAAAGCAAGGAAAAUAGAGAGCCAGGGUGGGUUCUUUUUAUUGGAGUAGGAACAUACUGAAGCAAAACAAACACCUUGGAUCAAGAAAAUUAUGUGACCAGCAUCUUUCCAGACAUAAAAGGAUUAAUGUCUGGCUGAUCCCAACAGUGAUAUCUGAUAUAAUGGAUAAGCUGCUACAUCAGGUUCCAUGCGACUAGUGAGAGAAAAUUAAGUCAGUUAACAAAGUCUACUACCUGCUGAUGAAUUGCACCUAUUGUGGUAUCUGAUUCAUCUAACUUGGUUGCUGGCAGGAAUCAAAGCUUUUCUGUUCAAAAAGUUCCAAAUAUGAUGAGACAAAUCAAUUUUUUGGAUGUGAAUCCAAUUGCAAAGGCUCGAAUGGAGCCAAUUUUUUGUAAUAAUCAAUAUAUAGAGCCAUGAUUCCUUUGUUCAUUGAUGGGAUUAGUUCAAUUUCCAUCCACUUUGGAUGUAAAUGAUCAUGUAUGCUGGAUGUUCAACAGAGAAAUCAAGCAUUAUUUUGCCAA